GACUGGAAUGCUCAUCAUGGCCUGAAUGGGGAGUUCAAGUCAUUCUGUCACCACCAUGGUUAUGACAGUCUAGUCGUAGUCUCAUCUCACCAGAGUGACCCUCGCCAUUCACGCCAGCAGGUGGCAGUGUACUCAGACAACUCUGACAUUCUCAACCAGGUAUGUGUUCUUUUACAUCAGGACCACAUAGAUACACACACAUCACGUAGUAGAGAGAUACAGUGGGGAGAACAAGUAUUUGAUACACUGCCGAUUUUGCAGGUUUUCCUACUUACAAAGCAUGUAGAGGUCUGUAAUUUUUAUCAUAGGUACACACAUUGUAUAAUUUUAAAGUAAUUAAUUUCAUUUUAUUGCAUGACAUAAGUAUUUGAUACAUCAGAAAAGCAGAACUUAAUAUUUGGUACAGAAACCUUUGUUUGCAAUUACAGAGAUCAUACAUUUCCUGUAGGUCUUGACCAGGUUUGCACACACUGCAGCAGGGAUUUUGGCCCACUCCUCCAUAAAGACCUUUUCCAGAUCCUUCAGGUUUCGGGGCUGUCGCUGGGCAAUACGGACUUUCAGCUCCCUCCAAAGAUUUUCUAUUGGGUUCAGGUCUGGAGACUGGCUAGGCCACUCCAGGACCUUGAGAUGCUUCUUACGGAGCCACUCCUUAGUUGCCCUGGCUGUGUGUUUCAGGUCGUUGUCAUGCUGGAAGACCCAGCCACGACCCAUCUUCAAUGCACUUACUGAGGGAAGGAGCUGGUUGGCCAAGAUCUCGCGAUACAUGGCCCCAUCCAUCCUCCCCUCAAUACGGUGCAGUCGUCCUGUCCCCUUUGCAGAAAAGCAUCCCCAAAGAAUGAUGUUUCCACCUCCAUACUUCAUGGUUGGGAUGGUGUUCUUGGGGUUGUACUCAUCCUUCUUCUUCCUCCAAACACAGCGAGUGGAGUUUAGACCAAAAAGCUAUAUUUUUGUCUCAUCAGACCACAUGACCUUCUCCCAUUCCUCCUCUGGAUCAUCCAGAUGGUCAUUGGCAAACUUCAGACGGACCUUGCGUGCGCUGCAGGAUUUUAAUCCAUGACGGCGUAGUGUGUUACUAAUGGUUUUCUUUGAGACUGUGGUCCCAGCUCUCUUCAGGUCAUUGACCAGGUCCUGCCGUGUAGUUCUGGGCUGAUCCCUCACCUUCCUCAUGAUCAUUGAUGCCCCACGAGGUGAGAUCUUGCAUGGAACUCCAGACCGAGGGUGAUUGACCGUCACCUUGAACUUCUUCCAUUUUCUAAUAAUUGUGCCAACAGUUGUUGCCUUCUCACCAAGCUGCUUGCCUAUUGUCCUGUAGCCCAUCCCAGCCUUGUGCAGGUCUACAAUUUUAUCCCUGAUGUCCUUACACAGCUCUCUGGUCUUGGCCAUUGUGGAGAGGUUGGAGUCUGUUUGAUUGAGUGUGUGGACAGGUGUCUUUCAUACAGGUAACGAGUUCAAACAGGUGCAGUUAAUACAGGUAAUGAGUGGAGAACAGGAGGGCUUCUUUAAGAAAAACUAACAGGUCUGUGAGAGCCGGAAUUCUUACUGGUUGGUAGGUGAUCAAAUACUUAUGUCAUGCAAUAAAAUGCAAAUUAAUUACUUAAAAAUCAUACAAUGUGAUUUUCUGGAUUUUUGUUUUAGAUUCCGUCUCUCACAGUUGAAAUGAACCUAUGAUAAAAAUUACAGACCUCUACAUGCUUUGUAAGUAGGAAAAACCUGCAAAAUCGGCAGUGUAUCAAAUACUUGUUCUCCCCACUGUACACUAUGCCAAGAGUGUGUAAAGCUGUCAUCAAGGCAAAGGGUGGCUAUUUGAAGAAUCUCAAAUAGAAAAUAUAUUUUGAUUUGUUUUACACUUUUUUGUUUACUACAUGAUUCCAUAUGUGUUAUUUUAUAGUGUUGAUGUCUUCACUAUUAUUCUACAAUGUAGAAAAUAGUAAAAAUAAAGUCAAACCCUUGAAUGAGUAGGUGUUGAAAAACUUUUGACCGGUAGUGUAUACAUCACCUAGUAGAGAGAUAUACACACAUCACCUAGGAGAUACAGUGCCUUGCAAAAGUAUUCAUCCCCCUUGGCGUUUUUUCCUAUUUUGUUGCAUUACAACCUGUAAUUUAAAUUGAUUUUUAUUUAGAUUUCAUGUAAUGGACAUACACAAAAUAGUCAAAAUUGGUGAAGUGAAAUGAAAAAAAUAACUUGUUUCAAAAAAGUAUAAAAAAUUAAUAACGGAAAAGUGGUGCGUGCAUAUGUAUUCACCCCCUUUCCUAUGAAGACCCUAAAUAAGAUAUUGUGCAACCAAUUACCUUCAGAAGUCACAUAAUUAGUUAAAUAAAGUCCACCUGUGUGCAAUCUAAGUGUCACAUGAUCUCAGUAUAUAUACACAUGUUCUGAAAGGCCCCAGAGUCUGCAACACCACUAAGCAAGGGGCACCAUCAAGCAAGCAGCACCAUGAAGACCAAGGCGCUCUCCAAACAGGUCAGGGACAAAGUUGUGGAGAAGUACAGAUCAGGGUUGGGUUAUAAAAAAAUAUCAGAAACUUUGAACAUCCCACGGAGUAUCUUUAAAUCCAUUAUUAAAAAAUGGAAAGAAUAUGGCACCACAACAAUCCUGCCAAGAGAGGGCCACCCACCAAAACUCACGGACCAGGCAAGGAGGGCAUUAAUCAGCGAGGCAACAAAGAGACCAAAGAUAACCCUGAAGGAGCUGCAAAGCUCCACAGCGGAGAUUGGAGUAUCUGUCCAUAAGACCACUUUAAGCCGUACACUACACAGAGCUGGGCUUUACGGAAGAGUGCCAGAAAAAAGCCAUUGCUUAAAGAAAAAAAUAUGCAAACACGUUUGGUGUUCGCCAAAAGGCAUGCGGGAGACUCCCCAAACAUAUGGAAGAAGGUACUCUGGUCAGAUGAGACUAAAAUGUUGCUUUUUGGCCAUCAAGGAAAACGCUAUGUCUGGCGCAAACCCAACACCUCUCAUCACCCCGAGAACACAUCAUCGGCAGGGACUGGGAAACUGGUCAGAAUUGAAGGAAUGAUGGAUGGCGCGAAAUACAGGACAAUGACCACUAAGCAUACUGCUAAAGCAACACUUGAGUGGUUUAAGGGGAAACAUUUAAAUGUCUUGGAAUGGCCUAGUCAAAGCCCAGACCUCAAUCCAAUUGAGAAUCUGUGGUAUGACUUAAAGAUUGCUGUACACCAGCGGAACCCAUCCAACUUGAAGGAGCUGGAGCUGUUUUGCCUUCAAGAAUGGGAAAAAACCCCAGUGGCUAGAUGUGCCAAGCUUAUAGAGACAUACCCCAAGAGACUUGCAGCUGUAAGUUGGGGGGGGGGGGGAUAGUUUCGCAAGCCACUGUACUUUUGUAUAUAUAGUGUAUGUGGACACCUCUUCAAAUGUGUUGAUUUGGCUAUUUCAGCCACACCCGUUGCUGACAGGUGUAUAAAAUUGAGCACACAGCCAUGCAUCUCCAUAGACGAACAUUGGCAGUAGAAUGGUCUUACUGAAGAGCUCAGUGACUUCCAACGUGGCACCAUCAUAGGAUGCCACCUUUCCAACAAGUCAGUUCGUCAAAUUUCUGCCCUGCUAGAGCUGCCCCUGUGUUAUUGUGAAGUGGAAACGUCUAGGCGCAACAACGGCUCAGCCGUGAAGUGGUAGGCCACACAAGCUCACAGAACGGGACCGUCGAGUGCUGAAGCGCGUAGCGCGUAAAAAUCAUCUGUCCUCGGUUGCAACACUCACUGCAGAGUUCCAAACUGCCUCUGGAACCAACAUCAGCGCAAGAACUGUUCGUCUGGAGGUUUAUGAAAUGAGUUUCCAUGGUCGAGCAGCCGCACACAAGCCUAAGAUCACCAUGCGCAAUGCCAAGCGUUGGCUGGAGAUGUGUAAAGCUCGCCACCAUUGGACUCUGGAGCAGUGGAAAUGCUUUCUCUGGAGUGAUGAAUCACGCUUCACCAUCUGGCAGUCCGACGGACAAAUCUGGGAUUGGCGGAUGCCAGGAGAACGCUACCUGCCCGAAUGCAUAGUGCCAACUGUAAAGUUUGGUGGAGGAGGAAUAAUGGUCUGGGUCUGUUUUCAUGAUUCGGGCGAGGUCCCUUAGUUCCAGUGAAGGGAAAUCUUAACGUUACAGUAUACAAUGAAAUUCUACACAAUUCUGUGCUUCCAACUUUGUGACAACAGUUUGGGGAAGGCCCUUUCCUGUUUCAGCAUGACAAUGCCCCCGUGCACAAAGCGAGGUCCAUACAGAAAUGGUUUGUCGAGAUCGACGUGGAAGAACUUGACUGGCCUGCAGAGAGCCCUGACCUCAACCCCAUCAAACAGCUUUGGGAUGAAUUGGACCACCGAGUGCGAGCCAGGCCUAAUCGCCCAACAUCAGUGCCCGACCUCACUAAUGCUCUUGUGGCUGAAUGAAAGCAAGGCCCUGCAGCAAUGUUCCAACAUCUAGUGGAAAGCCUUCCCAGAAGAGUGGAGGCUGGAGGAACUCUGGAGGUCUGUCAGAGUGACCAUCGGGUUCUUGGUCACCUCCCUGCCCUUCUCCCCCGAUUGCUCAGUUUGGCCAGAGGGCCAGCUCUAGGAAGAGUGAUUCCAAACUUCUUCCAUUUAAGAAUGAUGGAGGCCACUUUGUUCUUGGGGACCUUGAAUGCUGCAGAAAUGUUUUGGUACCCUUCCCCAGAUCUGUGCCUCGGCACAAUCCUGUCUCGCAGCUCUACGGACAAUUCAUUUGACCUCAUGGCUUGGUUUUUGCUCUGACAUGCACUGUCAACUGUGGGACCUUAUAUAGACAGGUGUGUGCCUUUCCAAAUCAUGUCCAAUCAAUUGAAUUUACUACAGGUGGACUCUAAUCAAGGUGUAGAAACAUCUCAAGGAUGAUCAAUUGAAACAGGAUGCACCUGAGCUCAAUUUCGAGUCUCAUAGCAAAGGGUCUGAAUACUUAUGUAAAUAAUGUAUUUCUGUUUUUUAUUUGUAAAACAUAAAAUACAAAAUAAAAAAUUGUUCAAAAAAAACAUCCAUUUUAGAAUAAGGCUGUAACGUAACAAAAUGUGGAAAAAGUCAAGGGGUCUGAAUACUUUCCCAAAUGCACUGUAUACACACAUCACCUAGUAGAGAGAGAUAUAAACAAACAUAUUUGCAGUGUAUUUUGGAAAUACUAUAAAUACAUUGACAUUUGAAUGUGAAAAAGUGAAUCACUUGUAUUGUAAAAUGUUGUUUAAAUGACACCAACAUGGAACAUAUAUCAGUUUGGCCAAGGCAAAGCAUUUUUUACACCAUGCUGUCAUUCCACCUUGCUGUCAUUGUUCUGUUCCAGAUCUGCUGUGAGCUGGAGGAGUCAGCGAGCUUCUCUCUGGGGCUGGAGCCUGUGGACUGUCUCCAGGGCUCCCAGGGCUCCGUUCAGCUCUACCACCACCAGGCCCUCGCAGACACACCUGGAGGCCUGGGACUCGUGGUCAUGGAGGUCCUUAAGGAGUUCAUGGAGCGCCGGUGCCGCGUGUUAGCCAGCGCCCCCAGCAGCAUGACCUCAUCCACAGAGGGCGUGGCUGGCAGCACCCCGCUGUCCCAGGGCUCCUCGUGCUUCACCGAUAUGUACGGCUCCGACGUGGAUAGGCCAGAGGGCCCUAUUGCCGUUGCGAUGCCCGACGAUGUGGGUGCCGACCUGGUGAGCCCAGACAGCGGCCUGACAACCGUCCGCAGCAGUCACUCUUCCAAGGAGAGCUUGCCGAGGCGACGGCUGGGGGUUUCCUUCUGAACCCGGCACUCGGGUUCCCGUCCCUGUCUCCCAUUCCACCUGAGAGGAGGCGCUCAACCAGGAAUAGGAGCGGCGACAACUUUGAGCUUUUCAGCCUCGACCCAUUGCACUGCAGUAACGCCUCUCCACCUGCAGAAGGUGCAGUGCUGUGCCCCUCUCGAGGUACAGGAGGCCACAGCAGCUCCAGCCUGUCUGAGUUUGACGAGCUGAGCCUGGUGGAUUUCUACACCCCUGAUUCAUCAGCUGGGCACGUCGGUUCGGUGGGGAGCGACCUGAUUGGAGGAGGAGCUCUGAUGGACCAGAGCGUGAACAGGGUGCCGCCCACUCCUGUCAACAGCCUAGUGGGUAGCUGCACUCACAGUGGCACAUAGGUUUGCUUCUUUCCAGAGGAUAUCGCUGAGAGAAUCAACGGGCUGCAGCAUAAAGAGAGUGUAUCCUCGACAGAGGACUGGGAUGACUUUGGCUUGGAAACCAAGGGCUCCACCUCGGAUGACGCCAACACGUGGAGCCUGAUAGAGGUGGGGUACGUCUGCACAGAUUGUCCUAGACCUGACAUAGAUCUAGAGGGACUAAAAGAGGAUGAGGAGAGUGGAGGAGGAAGAGAAGGAACGUUAAGCCACAAGAAGAGAAGGAUGUCUGUUCCAAACCCGUAGAGAGACAGCUCACCCUUGUGAAAGAGUACAUAGAACCCUACGACACCUGGAACUCCGACUCGGGCUUCACAGAACCAUGGCAGCCAGUGACACUGGGCGAUUUGCAGCUCACUCCUCCGAACGAAGAAAACAGAGAAGGGAAGCUCAUAAAAGUCACACCACGUGCACAGUCCUCUGUGGUAGGAAAAAAGCGAGAGGCUCUGACCCCUCUCACACCAGAGACCUCGAAGGAGGAAGAGGAUGGUCUAGCCAGGAAUUCCACAGAGCUGGACUUCUGGACCUACUCAGCACAGAAGGGAUUCCUCAAAUCGGACAGUGCGACCAGUGCCACCAGCAUCACGACCGCAUCUUACCCAGAUUAUUUGGACCUAUGGAACAUGACCAUCCACGAGGACACCCAAUCCACGCUCACCACCCCAGAAUUGGCCGACCUAUUGGCCGACCUACCUGCGGGCUCCCUGCGCAGGGAACAUCCUUGGAGAUUCCACUGGGUGUGUCCAGCGAGGGGAUGGAACUGAGGAACACCACCAUACAAGAAGACAGCGCUUCCACUGCAACUAGUCCAGAGGUUGCUGGAACUGGGAGGGAGGAGCUUGCUGGCAUGAAGUCCUGGGAGCCACAGCCUGGGACAGACCUGAGGCAGCUGGAUGGGGAGGGGAGAUAUUCAGAAGAAGCAUCUCCACUACAAGACUAA